GGCUCAUAUACACACAGAUAAAGAAAAUUGUUGCCUAUAUUCAGAAUUCAUCACGGAGUGAUUAAAGAGAGUUUGGAUAUUAGUCAAACCUUUUUUCAGAACGAAUUAAAUAAGAAUCUGUGUGUUUUGUUUUCCUGUGUACAAUACAAAUGAAUAGUUACCCGAUUUUCCUGGGCAUUCAAUUAGGGUUUCAUUUUUCCCAAUGCAAUACUGUAGUGUAUUUUAAAAAUGUUGCCAGAUUCUGCCUGGCUGUGAUGCACUUAUCAGUAAGAAAAAGAAUGGCCACCCCCUGCUACCCCUCAUAGCUGUAGGAAUGAAUUUCCUCACCCCACAUUGAGAUUUUGACACUGUGCACCAAAACCCCUUCACCUAAUCUCUUUUCUGCAUGCACAAUCACCACCCUUUUGUCUUUUCUCAUGGCCAAAAUCUGGAUUGAAGUGUGCUUGAUAUCUGCUCGUGGUGUGAGGGGUUCACCCUCACUCUGGAAGCGUCAGUGGUAUGCAGUUGGGUGGGUUGAUCCUAAGAGCAAGUACUGUACCAAAGUUGAUGCUUCUGGGACUGCCAACCCUCUUUGGAGGACCAAGUUUGCCAUCCAGGUUGAUACCUCCGACCCAGAUCUUGCACUUCACUUGGAGGUUUAUAGCAGAGAUCCUUUGUUCCUCACAGAGAAGCUUCAUGGCUCCGCAAAAGUUGUUCUCAGAGAGUUUUUAGCCAAGCAAGUCCACAACUCUGAGGAAGUUGGAAGCUACCAGUUGAGAAAGAAGAAAUCCAACAAACCAAGUGGCUUCAUUGAUGUUUCAAUCCGUCUUUCUGAGAACAAGGAGGAACCUAGUUUCCACCAACCAGGUAAUGGGGAAGGAAUAGUGCUGCUAGAUUAUGGCAAUAAUACUCAAUUGAUCCCAAGGGGUGGAUUUGGGCAAGCCUACCCACAGCAAAAGCCUCAAGCUUCAUUCCAUCAUUUCCAUGGGACAGGAAAACAGACCCAAAAUAAUGUCCCCUACUCACAUCCAGUGCCAUUUCCUGCAGACUAUGCUACUAAUCCUCCUUAUAUGACUGGACCAAGCUACCCUGCAGCAACUGGACCAAGUUAUCAAACACCCAGAACAACUCAUGCACCACCACACUCAAAUGUCAAUCAUGCUCCCACUUUUUUCCCAAGUAAUGGUGGCAUGGCACCUAGUUAUUUUAACAUGCCAUCAUCAUCAUCAUCUGGGGCAGGUCCUAGGCCAAGAGGGCCUCCAGGAUUUGCCAUUGGGGCAGGUGCAGGAGCUUUGGCAGCUGGGGCUGUGAUGUUUGGUGAUAACUUCAUGUCACAAUUAGGUGAUCCCACUCUUACCAUUGCAACUGAUCCUCUUUUCUGAUCAACAUGAGUUUAGCAGCUUCUGUAAUUAUUCUAUUGGGCUGCACACAUUAUGGCCAUUGUGCCAUAAGAGUACUACUUUCUUUAGGAUUAAGGUUAACCUGUUGGGAAAAAAAAAUGCUCAAGAGUUUUCUUCUUCUGUCUGAAUCUGAAGUCAAUUUUUUUAGAGGUGUUAUGACUACUCUUUUUGUUUGGUUUCAUGGUGCUCUCUUUCUAGUAAAAAAUGUCUGCAAUACCGUGUCUUGUUAUAUAUAUUAGGUGAACAGAGGCAUUAUUGUAGGUCCAAUUGUCUAAACAUGGAUACAGGGAUGAUGGUAGUUCAAACACAGUUGCAGAGUUUUCUGCUUGAAGAAAGCCUGGUGCCUAUUAUGUGACAUGAAGUUUUCUUGCUAGUGAUUUUCUACUGAUCAAAGUUUUCUUGGCAAGUUGGAGAAAGUUAUUUUUCUGCAACAAUGAUAGUGAAGUUUAAACUUGAAAUUACAUACAUACCAGAUUAAAUUAUUUGUCAUUAA